AUGGCCAUGGACUCGAUUCUGAACUCGUCCUUGGAAGAAAUCUGUUCGGAAGGCAGAACCGGUCUCCCUCUCAAAUCCCUCUGUUCCAGGCUCCAGCCCUCUCUUUCCUCCUUCAAUCUCGACGUCUCUGAUCGGGGCCUCAAGCAAGCCUUAUGGGCGGGGCUUCGCUCUGUCCCCACCCUCAAAUUCCAGAGCCAGAAUCAGAAGGUCCAGUACAGCCCAACCGACCCUUUGAUCCAGUCCGUCCAAGAAGCCGAGAAGCUCAACCUGAAGCUGGUAGCCGACCAGCGGCUCAUGAACAACUUCUUGGGCCUCUACAUUGCCCACUCUUCCAUUGACAACAUGUGCCAAUAUCAACGCCAAACACUCGAAAGAGUUGCUGGUGCUAGAACGGAUGGAAUUACACAAAGUCAACUUUCUAAGGAUCUUGGCAUUCAAGGUGAAAACUACCAUUACAAAGUGAGGAACCUUGAAUGUCAAGGUUUAAUUGUGAAGCGACCUGCACUGGAGAGGAAAAAGAAUGCUGGUGAUGAAGGACAAUCAAGCAACAAUUUGAGUGUGACUACUAAUGUGAUAUACUUAUAUCGCUAUGCAGAGAAUUUGAGCUCUCAACAAAAAAUUGAGAAUACCAAGGUAGAACAGACUAAGGAGAGUUUUGGGAAUGCAAAAGAAAUUCCUGCAGGUGGAGAUGGUUUUUCUGGAAAAGGGGUUAAAGAGGAUGUGCUUGUGAAGAAGGACUAUUUAAUAUCAGCAAUGAAGGCAGUCUGUGAUAAACUUGAACAAGCCAAUGGGAAGGUUCUUGUUGCGGAUAUCAAGAAGGAUCUAGGUUACAGCGGAACUCGUCCCGGGAAUAGAGCUUGGAGGAAGAUUUGUGGCAAAUUGGAAGCUGCUCAUAUUGUGAAAAAGUUUGAAGUUCAAGUGAAUAAGAAGGUUGAGCAAUUCCUGGGUUUGCUGAAAAAGUUUUGUCCAAUGAGUUUUGAUCCAAAAAAUCCUAGGCAGGUGAAAUUCAUAAAGAAAUGUCAAACCACUGAUCUGCUUGUAGAACUUCCAAUUGAGCAUCAAAUUCAGGAAUUGAUUAAUGCUGCAGGCUCAGAGGGCAUUAUUAUGUCUAAUCCAGUGAAAUCCUUUGUUACUAUUUAUUCUGGUAAAUAUUUUAGCGUUGCUUGGUUAGAGGUUUCGAAGAGGCUUGGAAUUGGCAGGAAAGAGAGUGAUAAGCUGAUUGAAAGUAUGUGCUCUAGGUUUGGGAUGAUUAAGAAGAAAGAAAGAAACAAAAAAAUCCAAGAAUAUCGAGUUUGGGCACCAGGGAAAUGCAAUUCUGAAUCUGCCAAUGCAUUCCUUAAUAAAUCAGAAAAUCUCAAUCAAAUUCAAACUCUUUCCACAUGUGACUAUUCAACUUUGACAGAAACGGAAACAAAUGACACCUCAUCAGAAAGACCACCUGCUGUGUUAAAGCCAUGUAGACCAUGUCUGUCUUUGACAGUGGAUGGUUCCAUAAGGGAAGAAAGGAUACUUAAACAGUUACAGGAUGAACGGGAUGGAGUUCAAUCUCAAAAAAGUAAACAUGCUUCCCUGAAAAGGAAGAGAACUUCUGAAGCAAGGUCAGUAGAGUUCACAGAAGUUGACGAGGUAACUAGACGGUUGAAAGAGCCGAGGCUUGCUACAUUACCUGUUACUGAGAAACAAUUAAUGGAAGAACGAAAUCUCUUGGUCACUUCUGGCGAGCAUGACUCACAUUUGCAUGCAUUCCAGAGGGAUGGUGAUCAAGAAAUUGAGCACGAACCUGAACCAAAUGAAGAUGGUGAGGGUGCUUUUUCAAAGUUGAAGCCAACACGACAAAGCAGGUUUUCAUGGACUGAGGAGGCUGACAGGCAAUUGGUUAUCCAAUAUGCAAGAUGCUGUGCAACUCUUGGGGCAAAAUAUCAUCACCAGUUAAGUUGGGCUUCACUUCCUGACCUUCCAGCACCUCCUAGUACCUGCAAAAGAAGAAUGUCAUAUCUGAAGAAUAGUAAUGGAAAAUUUAGAAAAUCUCUAAUGAUGCUCUGUAACAUGCUCAGUAAGCGAUAUGCAAAGCUCCUGGAAAAAACCAAGAACAGGUCACUAAACAAAGAUGAGUGCAGACAACUGUUGCAAGGUUCAACAGGAGAAGACUAUAACAUGAAUUUUCCCAACAUCAGUGGCCAUAAUCAAGGGAGGAGUCUUCAGGAAGAACCAUGGGAUGAUUUUGAUGACAAUGAUAUUAAAAAAUCCCUGGAGGAGAUGCUUCACUACCAGAGGAUGCCUAGAUUGGAUGCCACCAAAAGAUAUGGAUCUACCUGUGAGGAAGGGUCAGAUCUUAAUACAAAUGCUGAAGAAGAUGACUCCAAGGAAUCUGAAUUAAUUGUAUCAACUGUUCCAUAUGAGGAUAUUCAGAAUCAUAGUAGAGGCGUUUCUGCACAAAGACCAAGUUGUCAACAACUUCAUAACAACUUCUUUAAACUUUUGCAUGAAGGAGUUGUUAGCACACCAGCGUACAAAUCUUUGGCUGUAGAGCUGUUUAAGCUUGUCUUCUUGAGUACCACAACAGCACCAGAAGAACAAAACCUGGUUGCAGAAAUUAAACGGCGUUACUCAAAGUGUGAUCUUUAUGCAGCUCUGAACUACCUAAGAGAUAACAAAAUUUUGAUUGGGGGUACUGACAGUCAACCUUUAUCUCUCUCGCCUCAGUUUUUCCCUAAUAUUUUCAAGUCACCAUUUCCAAUUGAUUCUGGAAAGAGAGCUGCCAAACUUUCUCGUUGGCUCCAUGGAAGGGAUAAAGAUCUUAUGGAAGGAGGGAUUGAUCUCUCUGCAGAUUUAGAAUGUGGGGACUUAUUUCAUUUGUUUGCUCUAGUUUCUUCAGGUCAGCUGUCAAUUUCCCCAUGCCUGCCUGAUGAAGGAGUGGGCGAGGCUGAAGAUUUGAGAAGCUCAAAACGCAAAAUUGAAAGCAAUGAAUGUUUGAACACUAAAAAACUAAAAUCCUUGGUAUCCGAAAGUGAAAUGAUUUCCCGUCGAGAGAAAGGUUUCCCAGGUAUCAUGGUAUCUGUAUGUCGUGCAGAAUCUUCUGCAUCCAAUUGUGUAGAUUUUUUCAAAGAUGAUGACACUUCAAGUGGUGAAAAACAUUUUGGUGGAAAUGAUCGACUAGACAGCACUUCAGUGAUCCCCCAUGCAGGAGAUUGUGAUUCUGGUGGUGCUCAUUCACAGGGGGAAACAAAUAUGAAUGUUAAUGAUGUGCAUAAAGUGACCAUUCUUAGUUCCCCUGAAGAGGUUGCUGAGCGCUCGUAUGAAAAACAAACUUGCAGUGUGCCUGAAGGCUGCAUGGAAGUUGUUUCAGCUAGAGGACAUGGUGACAAUGAAUCUUCUAAAUUCACUUGUGGUAAAUUAUGUGUGCCAAUACUGCCAUGGAUAAACGGUGACGGGACCAUUAACAAGAUUAUCUACAAGGGACUCAGACGGCGUCUUCUUGGGAUUGUGCUGCAAAAUCCAGGGAUAUUAGAGGAUGAAAUUAUGGGGAAGAUGGAUGUACUGAAUGCACAGACUUGCAGAAAAUUGUUGGAGUUGGUGGUUCUAGACAAGCAUGUUCUGGUGAGGAAGAUGCGUCAAAAUGUAUACAGUGGCCUCCCAGCAAUUCUAAGGACCCUCCCUGAAAGCAGUUUCCCUCCACAAAAAUUGGUUUUCCGUGAGCAUUUCUUUGCAAAUUCCUUGAGCUCGUCCUUGCUGUAG